AUGGCCACCCCGCCCAAGCGCAGCCGGCCCGACGGCCGCCUCAGGAAGGUCGCCGUGGAGGGCAACAUCGCUGCAGGGAAAUCCACCUUUGUGAAUAUUCUGAAACAAGCCAGUGAGGAGUGGGAAGUGGUUCCCGAGCCUGUAGCUAGAUGGUGCAAUGUUCAGCAAAGCUCUGGAGACGACUGUGAGGAGCUGAGCACAUCACAGAGGAGCGGCGGGAACGUUCUGCGGAUGAUGUACGAGAAGCCGGAGCGCUGGGCCUUCACCUUCCAGACGUACGCCUGCCUCAGCAGGAUCCGGGCUCAGCUCGGCGCCCUGGAGCACAAGCGCGGGGACGCGCAGAAUCCCGCGGUGUUCUUUGAGCGCUCCGUCUACAGCGACAGGUACAUCUUUGCUGCUAAUUUAUACGAGUCUGACUGCAUGAACGAGACCGAGUGGGCAAUUUACCAGGACUGGCACGACUGGAUGAAUAAACAGUUUGGCUCGAGGCUGGCUCUGGAUGGGAUCAUUUAUCUCCGAGCCACUCCUGAGAAAUGUUUGAAUAGGAUUUACUUGCGUGGAAGAGAUGAGGAACAAGAAAUCCCCAUUGAAUAUCUGGAGAAGCUUCACUACAAACAUGAAAGCUGGCUCCAGCACAGGACACUGCGAACAAAUUUUGACUAUCUUCAGGAAAUUCCGAUUUUAACGCUUGAUGUUAACGAAGACUUCAAAGGCAAAAAGGACAGAUAUGAUCACAUGAUCGAAAAGGUCAAAGAAUUUUUGAGCACUUUGUAAUCCUCUUUGAAGUGCACAGUCAAACCAUUCCAAACUUCUAUGCGAUCCAAGUACAGCUUCUUCCUUCUUUUAUAGGAGGCCUCUGGAGAGGCACGACUCAGUCCUGGUGAUUCAGUUGUGAGGAACAAAUAAACUUAGUGAAUAGGGGAAUUAUUAAAUAAAUCGGUACGUCUGUUCAGUAUGAUGGGAAGUGACAUGCACAGAUUCUGAAGAGACAAGGAUUCUGAGUAUUUCCAAAUGAUUUGCCAGUUUUUGAUCAGACCAAUGAAUUCUAGAGUAUUUUGUAGGUGUUUUUAAUUUAUUUUGUGCCCAACUGCUAUUUAAUUUUGAACAAGGUAACUGGUUUUUAGAUCUCUUCAUUGUUUUUUUUUGCUGCAUGGAUUUGUAAUUGAUGUUUUCUUGGUUCCCAGGAAGUAAAAGGUAAAAACCA